GUGUGGCUUUGUUGGAGUAGGCAUGGCCUGGUUGGAGGAAGUGUGUCUCUGUGGAUGCAGGCUUUGGGAGGGCGGUCUCAUAGAUGCUCAAGCCACGCCCAGCAUCUCAGACCACUUCCUGUUCCCCGGGGAUAAAGACCGUAGCUCCUUCUCCAGCACCAUGCCUGCUUGCCUGCUGCUGUGUCCUGCCUUGAUGAUAAUGGACUGAACCUCAGAACUUUCUCAUUUAACAUGGAAGAUGAGUUCUUUGGAGAAAAAAGCUUCCAACACUAUUGUGCAGAAUUCAUCAGACAUUCACAACAGAUAGGUGAUGGUUGGGAAUGGAGAACAGCCAAGGAAUGUUCUGAUGGCUACAUGUGCAAAACACAGUUUCAAAUAAAAAAUGGGACUACGACAUCACAUCUGGGAACACCUGCGAAUAUACAAACGUGUCUUCCAACAGAGGAGAAUUUAGAGCUCCCGGUGGAUGAUUCUGAAGUGACGGAGUCCGCAGCAGCAUCCGAAGCAAUUAAAUAUGAGUAUCAUGUCUUAUAUUCCUGCAGCUACCAAGUGCCUGUUCUUUACUUUAGGGCAAGCUUUUUAGAUGGGAGACCUUUAGCCCUGAAGGAUAUAUGGGAAGGAGUCCACGAAUGCUAUAAGACGCGACUGCUGCAGGGACCGUGGGACACCAUCACCCAACAGGUCAGAGUCUUUUCCUCUCAUUGAUGCAGUUCUUUACCU